AUGAUAAGCGUCUGCUGCCAGGCAAUUGCUCGGCAAAGUCCCCUAUUGUGUCAAGUUGGGGUUCCCCGCUUUCGCUGUCGAGCUCCCUUUCACACCACCAGGUUCAGCAUUCUCAACGUCACCAGAACAUCUUUGGCUCUAUCGCUUUCUUUUCGCAAUCGCUUAUUUGGAAAACUGCCGGAGUAUUCUGCUAUCUUUGAAUUAGUUAUCAAAAUCCCCUCCAAGUCGACAGCAGCAUCGCUCUUCAAUUUCCGCACGAUGGCGUCAGGAGCAACACCGCACCAUUCCAUCCUCAAGAAGGGCCCUGUGACAGAGGCCAAGCUGCGAUCGAGAAAUUUGACACAUUUAUUCCAGGAGAAGGAACUCAAGUUCCAGGCCGAAGGGCUCGAGAUGGCAAAGACGGUGAGCUGCGAUCUCACCAAGCCCGCACCACCAAACAAGAGCUUUAAUGAUCGCAUCGCCCUUUUCCAUGGCGACAUCACCAAGCUCAUGGUCGACGCCAUUGUCAAUGCUGCCAACGAGAGUCUGCUCGGCGGUGGCGGUGUGGAUGGCUCAAUUCACCGUGCAGCCGGCCCGGGCCUGUUGAAGGAGUGUAAAACACUAGGUGGCUGUGAAACCGGUGAUGCCAAGGUGACGGGUGCCUAUGACUUGCCCUGUAAGAAGGUUAUCCACGCCGUGGGUCCAGUUUAUAACGACACCCAGAGGGAAAAGUGUGAAAUGCUUCUGUCUAGCUGUUACACCAGGAGCUUGCAGUUGGCCAUCGAGAACGGAUGCAGCUCGAUUGCUUUUCCGGCGAUCAGCACAGGUGUCUAUGGAUAUCCAAGCAGACGGGCUGCCAACGCUGCCAUAACGGCAGUAAGAAAGUUCCUCGAGUCGGACCAGGGAGACAAGAUCAGUCUGGUAGUCUUCUGUUGCUUUUUGCAGAAGGACAUGGAAAUUUACACAGACAAGCUCCCCCUUUGGUUUCCACCUGUAACUGCAGAACCUGGUGGUGUAAAGGCAAAGCGUAGCAUGCUCGAUGUCGGAGACGAUGAUGCAAUCCCGCCCACGACGAAGUAG